CUGUUAAUUAGAAAUAAAAUGGUAUAUAAUUAAAACUAAUGGGAUUAUGAAGUACUUCCACGAUUUAAUAUUCAUUUAAUGAGAUUGUACGUUGAAGAAUGAUUCAGUGUAUUAUAUUGUUGGUAUUGUCAUUGGAAAUAUGUAAUGGCUACGUGCUCCUACAAGUGACGAAGAAUGAGAAAAACCAGUCGGAUGUGAAGGCGUAUGUCCACAAGGUUUUGUCCGCGGACAAGGGGACGCGCGUGCGCCUCGAGCCGGAUGCCGACCCAGACGCCGGGAUGGCUAAUACCGAUGAUAAAGUGCGAAGAUUUGAGGUCAAGCAGCGAGCUGAAGAAGAAGAAGAAAAGAACCUGAACUUGAGGAGGCAGCAGACUGUCAUGUGGAUGAACCAAGCGUUUGACGCCCUGAAGAAAAUGGCCAACGAACCAGAAUUCAGAACCAGCGAAACUAUGUCCUUUAUAGACAAGGCCCUUGACUUAUUGAAAUCGUACGUGAACGGUCCAGAAUUCCGGUCCAGCAAGACCAUGAAGUACAUUGAGAAAAUGAUAGACAUAGUGAAGGACGUCGCCAACGGAUCACCGGAAUACAGAAGCGCUGGGAAACGUUCGCCCAACAUGAAGACAGAAAUAGUACAUUUCAAAGGUGGGCAGCCGUCAUUGGUUUUUGAAUUGAAACCUAAUUUCUUUAUCGAUCUCGUAAAGAAAGUUCUGUCCGCCCAACUAGUUGAGAAAUAUAUGGACGAUAUGGGCAUACCAAAUCCUGACAGACAUGCCCAACAAAAUGUCCAAAUAAAUCCAAAGAGGUAUUACAAAAAGAUGCACAAAUAUCCAUCAAAGUAUACGAACCCUGGGCUCCGACGCCUUAUAACUGACGAAGAAGUGUGAAUGCGGUGAUGAGAGAUUAAAUUCAAAUUUAAACAUCUUUAUUUAGCUUAGGAUGCAUAUCAGUCAAUUUACUUAAAAUCUACAGCCGACAAUGCCAGCUUCCAAAGCGCAGGUGAAGAAGCAGCGCAACAAACUUCACUGCAGCCUUUUCUCCAAAACAUCAAUUGACAAAUUAUAACUAAUAGGAUGAAUGUACCUACAUUAAUUAAUAACAAUUAAAAAAUGAUUGUUCAGUAAAUUAUUGAAAAUA